GACUGGCCGGCCCUCCAGCGGAGCCUCUUCCGGCUGCUGGACGGCGGCGGGGGCGGCCGCGCGCUGCCCGCGGAGCUGCGCGAGGCCGUGAGCGGCGCGGCAGCGCCGCUGGGCGACUGCGUGCCAGGGCGGGUCUCGUUGCGGGCCCUGGCGCUGCUGGUGGCCUCGGAGGCCGGGCCGGGCGAGGCGGGUCGCGUGCUGGAGCCCGACUGGCGCCUGCUGGGCGCGCUUGGCUGGGCGCGCGUCGUGCGCACGGGCUGGCCCGUGUUCCGGCUGCUGCGGCUGCUGGCGCUUGCGCGGCGGGCGGGCGGCGGGGCCGAGGCGGGCUCGGCGCCGGGAUGCGAGGACGACGGGCAGGACCCGUUCGCCGCGCUGCUCGCGCGCCACGUGCGCCUGCGGCGCGCCGGCGAGGGCGAGAGCCUGCUCGCCGCCAGCGUGGAGCACCUGCUGGGCCGGGGCCGCGGGGGCGGCGGCUGCCCCCUCUCGGAGGCGGCCGCGCUCCUCGUGCCGGCCUGGAGCCGCUUCCCCGUGUACGACGCGGGCACCGAGGAGCUGCUGGCGCUGGCGGAGCCGCUGGUGAGCCCGCUGGAGCUUGCCGGCGUGCUCGGCAGCGGUCACGCGCUGCUGGACGUGCUCGACGACGUCGCCAGCACUUACUUCG